AUGUGGUGGCCAAGCGACCCAGAGAAUAUCUCGUCUUGCAGGAGGCUGAGAGACGUUAAUCUUGGCCGAAAUCCUUUCAGUGGUCAGCUUCCAGAGAGUUUCAAGAGCUUACAGAGUCUCUCUUAUCUCUCGCUUUCAAACUGUAGCCUCGUUAACAUCUAUUAUGCGCUUCAAAUCCUUCAGCAGUGCAAGAACCUCACCACUUUGAUACUCACAUUGAGUUUCCAUGCAGAGGCAUUGCUUGAUGACCCGAGUCUUCGUUUCGAGAAGUUGAAGGUCCUGGCCAUUGCAAUUUCCAGGCUUACUGGUUCAUUUCCAAGUUGGUUGAGGAAGAGCACUGAACUGCAGCUGUUGGAUCUCUCAUUGAACUCUUUUACAGGGGAAAUACCAAACUGGAUUGGUGACUUUACCGAUCUUUUCUACUUGAGCUUGUCAAACAACUCAUUCGCUGGGGAAAUCCCAAAAAGCCUGACCAGGUUGCCGAGCCUUAUGUAUAGAAACAUCUCACUCGAGGAGCCAUCCCCAGAUUUCCCCUUAUUCUUGAAAAGGGAUGAAAGUGGACCAACUCUGCAGUACAAUCGUGUUUUAAGGUUCCCACCAACGGUAAUUCUCAGUCGCAACAAUCUCAUCGGGCACAUAUGGAAGGAGUUUGGGAAUCUAAAGGAGCUCCAUAUCUUUGAUCUGGGGAUGAAAAGUUUAUCCGGAUCAAUCCCGAGUUCCCUUUCCGGGAUGACAAGCUUGGAGGUUCUUUAUUUGUCCUACAACGACCUCUCCGGUUCAAUCCCAAAUUCUCUGGAGAAACUGACUCUUCUUUCGAAAUUCAACGUGGCUCACAACAAUCUCUCGGAUCUGAUCCCAUCUGGUGGCCAGUUUCAGUCAUUUUCGGAUUCAAGUUUUGAGGGCAAUAGUCUCUGCGACUCCCAACGGUUUCCAUGUGGGUUAGAUGAUACAGCAGCAGACACAACAUCAGUCGGAAGAUUUAGAACCAAAGACAUUGCUCUUGUAGGAGCUGCCAUUGGAUUCCCAUUUGGUGUAUGCUUCUAUAACUUGUUCUUUUACAGGCGUUUUAUCUUAUAG